AUCAGGGUAACUCGCUUCUUGGAAAAGCCACAGGAAGGGCAGACGGCGUCCCAGCUAGCCAGCGUGGUGUUCUACUGCAUCCAGAGGGACACGCUGUCCUACAUGUCGGACUUCCUGAGCCAGCAGCCUCAGACCGUGGGCAGGGCUUUUGGACAGUUCUGGGAGUGGCUCAUCAAUGAGAAGCAGCGCCACGUGUUUGGUAUGAAGCUUCCUACUGGCUUCCAGCUGAUCGGACAAGUGGGACUGUCAGACUACACCAAGUGGCUCACCCACUACUCCACCAAGCAGCAAGGCAGCCCUGCUAAACCUAUUACAUGCCGGUCAUACGCCAGGGUGGGACUAAUGGGGAAUCCCUCAGAUGGCUUCAAUGGAAAAACAAUCGCCAUGACCAUCGCUAACUUCUGGGCUGAGGUUACUCUGCUGGAGACCCAGACUUUGGUUUUAGUCCCUCAUCCACUCAACGACCCCACAGAGUUUGGCAGCCUGCAAGAUCUGUUCUGUAUCAGCAGGAAGGAAGGGUACCUGGGGGGUCUUCGACUGCUACAGGCGACAUGUAAGAAGUUUUACCAGUUCUGCUCCAAACAAGGGAUUGCUUUGACAAAGCAGAACUUCACCCUGAAGUACGACACCAACAUUCCCCGACAAGUGGGCCUUGCUGGAAGCAGUGCCAUCGUCUCAGCUACUCUGAAGUGUCUCAUGAAGUUCUACAACAUCACAGAUAAUGAUCUUCCCAAACCAAUCAGAGCCAACUUCAUCCUCGAUGUGGAGACGGAUGAGCUGUCCAUUACUGCUGGGCUGCAGGACCGAGUGGUACAGGUGUAUGAAGGCUUAGUGUACAUGGAUUUUAGCAAGGAGCUCAUGGAAGAGCACGGCUUCGGAGCCUACAUUCCUAUGGACAUGAGUGAACUUCCACCGUUCUGGCUGGCCUACCUGAGCGACCCCAGUGACUCUGGCCGUAUCCAUAGCAACGUCCGACAGCGCUGGCUCAGUGGGGAGCUGCUGGUCAUUGAAGCCAUGAGGAGAUUUGCUGAGCUGACUGAUCAGGCCAGGAUGGCUUUCCGGGACAAGGACUGGAGCCGCCUGGUUCAACUGAUGGACCAGAACUUUGAGCUGCGCCGGUCUAUUUACACCGAUGACUGUCUCGGCCCCGGGAAUCUCAAGAUGGUUGAGCUGGCGAGGCAGUUUGGAUCGGCAGUGAAGUUACCCGGCAGUGGGGGGGCGGUGGUGGGUCUGUGCCUGGACCAGGCGAGGCUGGUGGAGAUGAGGCGAGCUUUCCAGGAGGCAGGCUGUGUGUUCUGUGUCAUCUCACCAUAUAACCCAUCUGCCAGCGCUGUCGGUGGCCAACACUAACCUCACACGUCUCCACACGUCGGCUCAGUUGGGGCCAAUUCACGGCCGUGGCACAGUGCACGUGUCUGAAAGAGCUCCGGUGUCGUUUCAAAGACUAAAAUCACUACAGUGGAGAACAAAGCUUAGAUGGCAUUUAUGCAUUUUAAUAAUUUUGUGUUUCAUAGAAUUCAAAAUGUGCCAGAAGUGCAAUAAAAAUAAUUUCCAAAGCCCUAACAUAUCCAUGUUUGUUCCUCACAGUCUGUGGCCAGAGCUCCAGCAGGUCCGACUGUAAUACCGCCAAGUGUUCAUGAUAAUGAGGGGAAAUAAAGUGAUACUGACGAAAGAA